UUCAGCGCCCUCGGAUUCCGCUCAAGCUCGCGCUCGAGGCUCGAGCUGCGCAUCGAGGGCCGCAAGCCAGUGAGUGCAAUUGGCAGAUCGAGUCGUGGAACUGCGAAGCUUUCCUUUCGUUUGCCUCAAUUUUGGGUCGGUUUUCUCGUUCUGACCUGUGGGUAUUUUUCGGAAAGUUUCGUUCCGUCGGAAAAGAGAAGAUCGACACACGACGGUUGUGGCUCAUUAUGGAGCCGCUUCUGCGAUCCAUCCCUCUCGGCUUGAAAAAUAUGAUCAUGUCCACAGACGUCUCGGAUCUUCGCAGUUCUUGCGCUGCACUCGAUCUGCAUUUCUCGACAUCUCUCCUGUUUGGACAGCUCCUUGAACAACUUGUCAACACUUUCCAAUCAAGCUGCGCUAAGGAUGCCUCCGUGACCCUGAAAUCCAAGCUAGAUGGAAAUACUGCCUUGAAAAUUUCGAAACAUGCAGAAGCAUUAUCCGCAUACACGAAGGCCCUUCGCUUUGCGCCGUAUUCGUCUAAGGAGGAGGAUAAACUUCUCCUUGCCACUGUAUUCGUCAACAGGGCAUCUAUUCUGCAUAAACUAAAGCAAUAUGAAGCAGCUCUCAGAGACUGUGGCCGAGCUAUUGACGUGUAUCCUUCUUACUCUAAGGCAUGGUACAGGCGAAGUAGGAUCAAGUUUGACGUGAACAACCUUGAAGGUGCUGUGGUGGACAUGAAAGAAGCUCUUCUUCAUGAAAAAACAGGCAGUGGGCUGAAGCAAAUAGAGAAUGAGAUUGCUUUCAUGGAAACUAAACUGACAACUCGAAGUUUGCCCUCUGACAUCACAACACAAUUGGACCUAGAAUUGAAGACUAUUCAGCGAGAAGGUUUGCCUGAUGUGCAACGCUUGCGACUGCAUUGGAGUGAUGAAAGAGGAUGGGAUCUGUACACCACUGAGCAGUUGGACAUUGGAUCUUUGAUUUUUCAAGAACAAGCGUAUGCUGCUAUUGUUCUUAAAUCGAAUCGGGACACGCACUGCCAUUACUGCUUUGAGGUGCUUCCAGUUGAUCCUGUGGGUUGCUGCCGAUGUGCCAUCCCUAUGUAUUGCUCGGAGUCAUGCAGAGAUCAAGCAACAGCUAUGCCCGUGACGCAGUCCCUAAAUUUGGAUGAAAACCACAAGAGCGAGGUGAAAAUAUCAGAAAGUCCUCCAGUAAAAGUUCACGGAGAACAUAUUCAUGAAUGUGGAGGUUGCGCAUGGUCUGCGGUGCUUCCGACAGAAGCGGUCUUGGCUGCCCGUAUACUAUUUCGUAUUACCCAAAGGGCCGGAAUUCUGGACAACGAUCGCUCUCCAAAAGUCCCGGGAGAUACACCUUGCACAGAAGACAGAUCCGAUAGACAGUAUUACCUAACAAGGAUUCGAAUGAUUGACUCCCUUUGUUCGAAUUUUGAUAAGCUUAGCUCAAAUGAUAAGCUGGAGAUGCAUGUGCUAGGGGUCAUUGUCGCGCAUUGCAUCCAACAAUCUUCAAACUCUUUCAUGGUUUAUGGAACUAAGUCUGCAGCAGAAGUUGCCUCCAAGCUUGUACUUCUCAUAGCCCAAACGAGGGUCAAUGCCAUGGCUAUAUAUCGCAUGUCUUCUCCAGAAGAGGAUUUAAACUCAACAGCUGGCAUGGCGUUCUGCACAGUUGAGCAAGUCAAAGUUGCUCAAGGUUUAUUCUUGCUCGGGAGCAGUUUGAAUCACUCAUGUGUUCCUAAUGUUCAUGCUUCUUUCAAACUACGGUGUCUUUUUAUACAAUCCGUAUCAACUAUCUCAGCAGGUUCUUCUUUAGAGCUUUGUUACGGUCCACAGGUAGGACACAUGAGUCACAUGGAGAGAAAAAAUACAUUACAAGAGCGGUAUUCUUUUACAUGCAAAUGCUCUGCCUGCGCAAGAGUAUCGUCGUCAGAUCUGUUCCUUAGGUCGUUCAGAUGUACAAAACAAGGGUGCAUGGGAGUUGUUUUAAGACCAGAUCUGUGUGACUUCCACCUCACAUAUUCAGAGAGGUUGCCACCUGCAGUAGACGAAGAAUUUAUAUCAGAAGAGCAUGGUUGUGGAGACAGUAGUUUCGGAAACUUCUCAAAAUUGCCCAGAGUUUAUCCAGGGAGUUGUGACCAGAGUCUCGGCAGAACAUGUGUAUCUGAAAAGGACUUUCAAGCAUUCACUUACACUUAUGUACAAAAGGACGCAGUGCCAGAUACCGACUUCAUUGAAAGUGAAUUUACUAAACUGAUGGCACGCUACAAAACAGAUGGACGUUGCCCGGAUUGUGGAUCUCCAGUAGAUGUCGAAACUGCCCAAGAAAUUGCAAACACUGCUCUUUCCCAAUUACAGAGUCUGGUGGAAGCUGCAGUAUCGAAUCGAAGAUGCUUUUACUAGAAGGACAAGUUGGCAACCUGAGCCAGUCACUGGACGUUGCUCUUGUUGCUCUUGGCAAGUUGCGGACGGUUGUACAUGCUUACAAUGAGCAGCUGGCCAAGGCGGAGGAUAUUGUUGCUCGACUACUUUGCUUCUUGGAUCAACCUGCAAGUGGCCUGAGACAUUGCCAAAACGCAAUCGAGAUUCUUGAGCACUUGUACAGCAAGCACCACAUUGUUCUGGGCAACGAGUAUCUCAAACUCGCAUCGGUUGCACUUACAGUACCUGAUAAUGACUGCGCGAAGAGGAGCUUACGUAGCGCCGAGUAUAUAUUUCGAGUUCAUUAUGGCUCCGAUUACCUCCAAAGUCUGCCAUACCUCAAAGAAAUCCACCGGAUGUUAUCUGAAGACUAGACUCUGACAGCUUUAGCUCAUUGGGGAACGUAGUUGGCAUAGUUGUUGAUAAACAUAUUUGGGAAGUUGGAGUGCACUCACUUCUCCUUGUUUACAGUUUCGCAGUGCACCACAGAAUUUAGGCUGUGCGUUGCGGGGGCGAGCCAGGGUUUUUUUACUGUUUCUCAAUCUUGUAACGAACUUAAUUUACAUGUCUAUGCAAUAAGUUCCUGUAUUGUAGGGGCUGAAUGGGCGGUUUCUAAACAGAGACACGAUUGAUGGAUGCAUUACAGAACCAAUCACAGUACGUGUAAAAAGUUCGCGGCUUAUAUUUUACCCGCUUUCCUGU